CAUAGGAAGUAUCCCCACCAGCAGAAUGUCUUUGACAGUGCUUGACCCUGCUCCGAUCGAGGAUUUCACAUUUACCAAAGAUCAGUGGCAGCCGAGAUACAGACAAAGAAUCCUAAAAGGAAACACCAGUCUCGAUAGAAAUAUUGAAGAAGAUGGUCAGUCCUCCGAAGAAGCUAAAGCAACAGCCAGCGAUGACAAGGAACCAUCGCCUGUCGUUCCAUGCAAACGUCAAAAAUCGGACGACCAAGUUGUAGCUUCGCGAGUGAAGGAUUUAGCUCAUCAAUCUAACAUUAUGUAUUAA